AUGAAGGAGGCUGCAAACUUGGCAGUGCACCAGAAAGCCCGAAAGCUCAACCAGCAGAAAGUUGACUCACUAUGCGCUUAUCAAUCCUCUCUGCAAAUCUCCAUGCCGUCCUUCAGCCACUGUGCCAUCACGCCUCACGAACGAAUUCGAUGUCACUGCGAUGGCCAUGAAUCGCGAGCUGGGGCACAGGUGGUUGAAUAUCCGGGUUCCUCGCGUCUGAGUGCGCAAAAGUGGGCGGGAGUUGGUCGAAUCGGACCAGAUGAUUUUGGCGGGAGAAAACGAGGGCGAGGUCACUCGAAGCGUGGGUCAGCCUCGGGUCGCAGUCAGCUGCUCAGUUUCGCCAGUUAUCCAAGUGUCGUCGCGGCAUUCGCGAGUUCUGCCGUUUGUGUGAAAAAUCAGUGUUUAUUGCGUCUUGCCGGUGAGAAUCCCGCUGCAAAGAUGAAAAGCCGCUUUAUCGAGCUCAAAUCAGGGUUCCGACCAGUGCCUGCGCUGAAGGAAUCCAUUGGAGAAACUGGGCUGUAUGCCGUGGCCGGGAUCUGCGCCGUGUCUCUCAGGGAAUUGUUCCUCGAGUUGCGGACGGAUGUGAAUGCGAAUCGCGGCGGACGCGGCCCCAAGAUGAGACCCGAGAAUGGCGGCGAAGAGGACGAGGAUGAGCUGGAUGCCCCGCUCAUGGACCUGGAAGCCCUGACCAAUUCGGAUCGCGACUUUUGCCACAGAUGCGUGCGACAGCUGAUUCAGCAUCUCGGACUCACUGAGAGAGUAUCCGUGGUUAUGCUGGAUAUCAUGAACGAAGGUCGAUGUGAUAUGAAGUCCUUUACUAAAAUCCUGUACGAAGAACAAACCAUUUCCAAAGGAUCCAUCGGAGUGGCAGUACUAAAGGACUUGGUUUUCUUUGCAGUCAAAGAAGGAAUUUACGACGCCAGGGUUCGAGUGCUCAUCCGACACGUGGCCUGGAUUUGCAGGAUCAGCAUGGACCUGGUGGAGAUGUACGAAGAAUCCGUUGUCGACUUCCUGGCAGAGGAAAUGAAGCAGGAAACGGAGUAA